AAUUUUCAGCACUGAGUCUGUAACGUAGAGGAGAAGCGUCUGGGCUAAACUCGCGACAGAGAACAUUGUCUCCGUUCAAUUGUUAGCUUCCGGAUGAAUUAAACCUUCUUCGCCUUGGUAUCAUGGCCAGAGAUAACACAUUUCUCACGGGUGACAUGCGAUCCUAAGAAAGAGAAGAAUGCGGCUGAGCCCCACCUUCCUGCUGCAGCGCUGGCUGUGGUUGUGUGUGAGCGCCAGACAGUGGCACUGCAGAAAUGGCAACAACUGCAGACUACCGCUGUGUGUGAGGCAGAUAUGGGCCUACCUCAGACUGAUGGUCGACUCCCUCUAUUACAACACCCUCACCAACUCUGACGUCGUCAUGGACUCACUGAUGGAACCCAUCUUAUGGAUGGUGGACCUACUCACCCGCAGGUUUGGGGCGGUGUUUGUAUGUCUGUUAGUGAUACUGACCACUUCUAUCCUGCUGGUAGUCUAUGUGGUUAUGCUGCCCGUGAUCUUCGACAAGUACUCUCCAUCCUGGAUAGCCUGGCACAUGAGUUACGGACACUGGAACCUUGUCAUGAUCGUCUUCCACUAUUAUAAAGCUACCAAUACUGCCCCAGGAUGCCCCCCUACGAUGAAAAAUUCCAAUCCAUUUGUGUCCAUGUGUAAGAAGUGUAUCAUCCCCAAACCAGCCAGAACUCACCACUGUGCCAUCUGCAACACGUGCAUUUUGAAAAUGGACCAUCAUUGUCCGUGGCUGAAUAACUGUGUCGGCCAUUUUAACCAGCGCUACUUCUUCUGCUUCUGUGUCUCCAUGACUCUGGGCUGUGUCUACUGCAGCAUCAGUGGCCGGAACCUUUUCCUGGAUGCUUAUAGUGCUUAUAGUGCUAUAGAGAGCACCUACCAGACUCCUCCCUUAACGUUCAGAGACGAGAUGUUCCACAAGAGUGUCAUUUACAUGUGGGUGUUAACCAGCGUGGUGGCUGUAUCUCUUGGGGGGCUGACUAUCUGGCACGCAGUGCUGAUAUCCCGAGGAGAGACCAGCAUAGAGAGGCACCUCAACAACAAGGAGUCCAAACGGAUGCGGAAAUGUGGCAAGGUGUACAAGAACUCAUUUAACUAUGGCAGACUGAACAACUGGAAAGUCUUCUUAGGUGUGGAGAAGAAAAGUCAUUGGCUGACGCGAGUCAUCCUGCCCUCUGGACAUGUCCCCAUUGGGAACGGCCUAACCUGGGACAUCUAUCCAUUCAGAAAAGACAUGAUGCCCGUCUGAGCCAAAUACAAAAUAACUGAAUUGAGACUUCUACAAAAUGAGGAAACACCUGAUGUCUGUCUGAUCACUGACCCCACAGACUCUGUCCACACAGAACUACAUCUCCCAGCGGCCCCUGCUCCCUACAUAUACUGAUGUCACAUGACCAGGUUUUGGAGACGAGCAGGAGAGUGAAUACUGGGAGGACAACAGGGAAGAGAUGGGGAAAGUUUGCUGCUCCAAAGUGAAACAACCCUACAACAUGUUUCAACCCUGGUCCUGGCACAGGGCUUGUGUAAUAAAGGCCAACCACACUCCAGAACUUGUAAUGAUGUGGGGAUGAACUGUUUCAUAAUGUUUUCAGACUGUACUACAGUAUGAGUCGUCAUAUUACCCAUAAGACCUAGAGGUCAAAUUUACCGUGUAAAUCUUUCUAGGAAAAAAAACAAAAAACGAAGCGCUACUGUGACUAUCAUAAAGAACUACAAAUGCCAUGAUCAGGAUGAGACUACCGAAUCAAGGGAAAGGUAAGAAUCUCGGGAUCAACUAUCUAAUGUCAGCUAAAUGUAACGAAUACAUUGGCACCAUUUCUUUAGAUGGACAAUUCUGUCAACUGUGCAAGUUUUCAAUUGACAGAAUACCUGUUAGCAAAGGUGUUAGCUAGAGAUGACAUGCAAGGAUUUGUAGUCUUUCAUGAUGUCUACUUUGAUGCGAAUUACUUUUUUGAUUUAAGUCACCUUGUCAGAGAUUAACAUGGUUAUCAAAACGUCACACCAGGCUAACUACACAAAACACAGCUGUCAUUUUAGGUGUUUCUAAAAUCUCCUAUGGGGAAAAAUGUAUGGUGGAAAAAUUAUUGGAAUCAUUUCCCGGUUUGACCGCUAGGUUUUCGUGGUAUUAUGACACGUCCACAAUAGGACUCUGGUGUACAUUAGGCAUGUCAAACUCAUUCCAUGGAGGGACAAGCGUCUGCAGGCUUUUGGGUUUUUCCUUUCAAUUAAGCCCUAGACAACCACGUGUGGGGAGUUCCUUACUAAUCAAUGAACUUAACUCAUCAAGUACAAGGGAGGUACUUGAUGAGCGAUAUGUUUGCGAUAUUACAUUUCCUUAAAACAAUAACAAAUGUGGAUCUCGGCUUUAAUCUAUUUUUAACAUUGUCAUAAGGAGCACAUUCAAAACCAUAAAACAUGUUUUCCCAUCUUGACAUUAACAUUGAGAAAAAGUCAUUGAAAAGGGGUUGACGGUAAUGGUUAACGAUGUCAUAAAUCAGCCAUAACUCCCCUUGCUACCGGGAGAAUGGAAUCAAGGGAGAGGCAAUUGAACGCAAGCUUCACAAAACAUUCGAACUUGUUUACCAAUGAGUAACGGGGUUAACGUGUUAUGCUCGAUGCACUCGGUCUUCUACCCCAAAACACCGUAUGUCUGUACAGUAGGACAGUUACAUGCAAUGUUACAUUUGUUGACCCUGGAGUUAUGUUAUGUUCUGUAUUGUUCAGUUGUAUGAUAUUUUUUUUAAAGCGGUUGACUCUGA